AAUCAAAGACAGUUCCUGCCAAAUGGACAACUGAAUAGCCUUAUCAACAAAGCAUCUGUAAUACGAGAGCUAAGGAAAAAGAUACCCCGGAUAAAGAAGUACAAUAUGGACAGAUACGCAAGCUUGAUCUGUGAAAAUUCCAAUCCGGCCAGGGGACUUCCCGAGCCAGCGUCUGGCAGGUCUUACCAAAAGAUUUUCGCAAUAUUGGUGUUAAUCAACAUGGUGCCCGCCAUCGCAGGAUUCCUGGAGGAAGGGAUUUGCGACGCAGAUUUGCCUCUCGUGAAGGCCGCUGAGAAAGGUGGGAUAUUCGAUCUGCGAGUUGAAACAAGACGCGACUGUCAAUUGAAAGCGUUCAAGUCCUGGACCCGAGUAAACAUCAGAAACUUCGAAGAGUAUCAAUGGACAAUUCUCCCACCAUUCUUCACCAAGGGCGAGAGAAAGAACGUAAAGCAUUAUGUCCUUGAACCACAUAUUGUCCUUCCAUUCACCUCUACCACCCAUACUGAUGAGAUGGGGUCGACCGAGAUGCGUCGAGGCGGUUUUAGUCAAGUUUUCAAAGCCGAAAUUCAUCCAGACCAUCAUGACUUCAGCGAUCCAGCUUUAAAACCAAGGCUGCGGCAAAACACCUUCGCCGUGAAAUGUCUCAACUCGCCAAAUAAGACACUGUUCCAAAAGGAAGUUCGAGUGCUGAAGAAGUUCAGUGGAGAAUCGCAUCCGCACCUCAUUUCACUCUUGGCCACUUAUGAACAGUCAAAUCGCUUCUACCUGAUAUUCCCUUGGGCUGAGUCCGAUCUGAUGAAGUACUGGAAAGUGCUGAAUCCCAAACCUUCGAGUGGUCCAGGAACAGUAUCAUGGAUGGCUGAGCAAUGUAGGGGUAUAUCUGAUGGCCUCGUAAGAAUCCAUCAAUACAACUCCUCCGAUCUUCUAGACAAGGCUGUGCAGCCCAAUAGUCAACUUCUGUCUCCACCAGAUGCAUUCAAUCGAGACGAUCAUGAGAGCGCUCAACGACAGUAUGGCCGACACGGAGACAUUAAGCCCGAAAACGUACUUUGGUUCCGUGACACACGUCAAGGUGUUCUGAGGAUCUCGGAUUUUGGCCUCGCAGAGUUAAACAGCCGACUCAGUCGUUCAAAUCAACACGGAAGCCAAGUGCCGAAUUCCCCGACCUAUCGACCACCAGAAUGUGAUCUACGUCGGCGCAUCAUUAGACAGUCUUAUGAUAUUUGGUCCCUCGGUUGCUUGUUUCUUGAAUUCAUUACUUGGUCUCUCGGCGGUAGAGAGUUAUUAUUUGAAUUUGCCCGAAAACGAAGCUCGCCUGACCCGUACUUAUCAGGCAUUGAGUCAGAUACAUUUUUUCAAAUCGACAACCCUGAAGCGAAGGAUUCGACUGCAGCUUCAGUGAAGCAAGCUGUAAUCGAGUUUGUGGACCACCGACUACACUCUCACCCUGCAUGUAGCGAAUACCUACAUCACUUUCUCAACAUUAUCAUGUACGGGAUGCUGGUAGUA